AUGGAUGUUGAUCCUUUGGUGUCUUGUCCUGUGGCCCAGAAUUUCUGGUUUGGCUCUCCCCUUUCCCUUCGGGUGCACGGAUUUAGUUCCAUGGAGGACUUCUUGGCGGACUUUUUCCGAGCAGCUGAUGAUGAUGCACUCGCACUAUGGCAGGCUAGAGUGUACGCUCUUUGGGAGAUGCGCAACCGUGUGAUUUUCCGAGAUGGUGAGCUUCCUGUGCCCGUAGCGGCCGUGAUCCAGAGAUGUUCCAUGCUAGCUGUUGCGCCGGUGUCAGAGGUAACGGUGGGGCCUAGAGGCCCUAGACCAGCUCCGUUGUUGCAAGCAACUUGGGCACGACCACCUCAUGGUAUCUACAAGCUGAAUUUUGAUGCAGCUGUGGCUACCACGAGAGAGGUGGGUUUUGGUUUGAUUGUGAGGAAUAUGUUGGGCAAGGUCCUUGCUUCUGCAGCACAAUACCUUCUCCAUGCAGCUUCAGCGAUUCUUGGGGAGGCUUUAGCCUUUCGCUGGUCUAUGCAGCUUGCCAUUCAGAUGGGGUUUCGUCGGGUUCUUUUUUAG